UAUUUAAUCUGUGCUAUUUGUACUAUUAACGAAAUCCAAAUAACUAUAUUUUUUAUUUGAUCUUUCUUUAAAUUAUACAUUGAAAUUGUACUAAUUAGUUAUUUAACGUGUAAAUUGAAUAAUUUAUUAUGGCUGAUGUUCUUGAUAUAGAGAAUUCAGAAGAAUUCGAAGUCGAUGAAGACGGUGAACAGGGAAUUGCUAGGCUAAAGGAAAAGGCGCGAAAACGCAAAGGAAGAGGUUUUGGCAAUGAAGGAGGUGGCGGCGGAGCUUCUGAACGGGGGAACAGGGGGAGGUAUGACAGCUUAGCUCCAGAAGGUGAUGGCAACACACCAGGACCACAGAGAUCAGUUGAAGGUUGGAUAUUGUUUGUGAGCAAUGUACAUGAGGAAGCCCAAGAGGAAGAUAUUCAGAACCAAUUUUCUGAGUUUGGUGAGAUCAAGAAUAUCCACUUGAACUUGGACCGGCGCACUGGUUUCCUGAAGGGCUACGCUCUUGUCGAAUAUGAAACCUAUAAACAGGCUGCUAGCGCUCGUGAGGCUUUAGACGGCGCUGACAUUCUGGGUCAGUCCAUCUCAGUGGACUGGUGUUUCGUCAAAGGCCCUACGAAAGGCCACAAGAAAAGACGAUAAAAGACUUUAGAAUACUGUGCCUACAGUGUUAUGUAUACCACUUUACAUACUCGUGCACUGCAGAUUUUGUGAUGCUUUGAAGAACAGCUAUUUUGUACCCAUUUUGUUUUUACAAGGAUAUUUAAUUAAUUAAUUGAAUGUACAUUUAAUUAUGUUUUAUAUACAUAGUGAAUUACUGCGGAAGGUUUUGUGGUGAAUAUGUGGGUACCUCUCUCACCUAUUAUAGUAACUUGUUUUUAUAUGCUCUAUUUCGGUUGGAAGGAUCAAUACGGCAUUGAAAUUAUAGGGCAGGAGUUCGUUUAGAAUAUCCUUCAAUUGUUAUUACUAAGGAACUAAAUAGUGAACUCUACAACAAAGAGAGCAUAAUAGAACUUCGUUUCGUCGUUAAUAAUGCUGUUUUUGGGUAGGCCUUGGUAUCACGACAUUGUGUUAUAUCCUAACCAUGUGCAGCCAUUCAUUAGACACUUAUAAUUUGAAUACCUUACCCUUCAUCGAAACAGAUCGCAAAGCAAGCUGCUAGGUUAAUUAAAUACGGCAGAGAUAUCCACGCAGAGUAAUUAAAACAUCUUAUAUCUGUGGUAUAAUUCGAUUAAACUUCAGCCAGUUAAAUGGUUUUAGUAUUACAUUAAGAAGUAGUUCAUUGCCUUACUUUCAUUCUAUUGUUGGAUUUGGCGCAGUGUGAUCCCUACUGGCCGUCAUAUGCAUAUAAUCUUUUUUACAGUCCAUCCGUCUUUUUUUUGUGACGUCAACUUUAAAUACAAAUUUAUAUUAAGUACGUUGUUUAAGACAUGGUCCGUUACAUUGUUAGUUUGUAUCAAAAGUAAAUCCAAUUUCAAUACAAGUAAUUCAUUAUGUAUUCUACUAGUUUAAUUGUUAUUGUAAUGGAUCAAAUACGGAAUAAAGUGCUGUUCGCAACACUGUAAUGCUCCUUAAUUAAGCUAUAGUA